AUGGCCAACACCUCCGCCAUCCGUCUGUACCGCCGGUCACUCAAGCUGGCCCUCGACUGGUCCGUCCACCGUCAUCUCUGGCGCGGCCAGGCCUUGUACAUCCGCUCUCUCUUCGAAGCCAACAGCAACGUCCGCGAGCCGAGACAACAGAGAAUCCUCUUCGACCAGACCGAAGAACUCCUCAAGCAGUGGAAGCACCCCGACCCAUACCGUCCUCCCACCGCUCCCGGUGGCAGCAAGUACGAGCGUAACUUGCCCUGUCCCAUCCUUGAGCCUCCUCCGCCAGGCUGCUAA